AGUGGGCUGCAAGUCUAAUGAGCUCUCCGUCAUCGUGCUCGCUGAACGCACCGGAGGCUACUGCGGUAAGAUGCGACGAUGCCUCCGCCGCGGCGGAUGAUAUGAUGCGCACUGACCGAGCGAGUGAAGAGAGGGAGACAGAGCGAACGUCCACCGCUGUGUUCGGCUCUGACUGAGACGUUGGGACAGAAGGAUUUAACUGCUGAGCCCCGCUGCACCGCUGUGAUGCAGGCCGACUGAAGGAUGCUCCAGCUCCAGGGAGGGUUUCAUGGGCUUCGUCUGUAAACAGUGUGGAAGCGGAGGGACGUGAAGUGAAGGACACUUAAUCCAAACCUGAAGCGGAGACUCUCUGAAUCAAAUGAGGUCGCUUUGUGGCAGAUGAGUCUGAUGUGGAUGUUUCUUCUCUUCAUCGGGUGACUCAAAGAUAAGGACAACUCUAGCUUCAUGAAAACAACAAUUUUUUGGCAAAAAAAAACUCAGUCUCAGAGAGUCUGAGAGUCUGAGAGUCUCAUCGCUUGUGCUCUGUCUGCUUUGAAUGUUCUCCUUUUGUCAGAAUGAAUCACUGAGAAAUUCAUCAGAGGAUUUCAGCUGUUUCAUCAUCAUCAUGCCCACUGGAUUUCUUCUCAACUUUGAUCUUUCUACCUUUGCAUUGUCACGCUCUAGAUCAAGAAUAGAUUCCUGAUAGUGGCAGUAAUUCCUCUCACAGAUGAGAUUUCAACUUGACCUUACAGACUGAAGGAUAAGUGAGCACAAACUGAUAAAACAUAGAUGAGGCCAACAACAAGCAUCAUGCUCCAGCAGAAUAAUAACAACAACUACCCCUGUCUGAAUAUGUCGGGCUCCACCCGGGAGAUGCUCCAGAAGUGCUCCAGACCCUCUCUGCCUUUCCCCAGCCGCCUGGAGCUGGGCCUCGGAGACCUGCCGCUAAUCCGGGGCCUUCGAGCUUGGGCUUUGUGCUCUAAGAACCGCUGCAAGGCCGGUGGUGUUCUGGGAGGAAUGCAGGCCCCCACAGCGCCACCUGCAGGCCAAGGGAGUUCAACGUCGUGUCCCAGGCCUGCAGAUGUGUACCUGAGUGGGGAGUGGAAUCGCAUGGGGUAUGGACUUCCCUUGGGGCUGGAUGCCCGGCAGGCUGGUAUUGGAGCUUUGGUAACAGUUGCCUCUUUGAAGACCUCAGAGGGCAGCGGGAAGACACAGACUCAGUGCCUCUUCCUCCGGACUGAGAAAGGAAACUGCUUGUACUCGACAGCCAAGCCUGGUUCUAGGGCGAUUACUGGUGCAGUGUCCAGUGGUGUUGGAGGAUGGCUGAGAGGGAAGACAGGAGGUAGAGACAAUCCUGUCGGGAGGAAAGACAAUAGGCCAAAUCUGAUGGUGCAGCCUGGAGCAAACCGGGUAAGAGUGCGAUCAGGCCGGAGGUGGAGGAAGUCUGGCAAUGUAGCUGGCCGUGAGAAAGCGAGCGUGAGCAAAGAGAGGCGGCAGAGGAGCAGGGAGGGUCCUGCAGGAGAAAGGCAGGAAGAGCAGGACAAAGGAGGCCUGGACAGCCUGCAGCAGGACGGCAGGAGAGGCAGGCAAGAGAAGGAGGCAGUAUGCAGAAGUCCCAGAAGCUUCUACAGUGUUUCUUCUAAAACCUAUGCUCAGUAUGGAAGGAGAGCACAGAGAAAGGAGGAUGAAGGUGAGGGAGGUGAAAAUCUGAAAGCAGGUUUCCCAAGCGGACACAACAGUGAUGGGAAAGGAAUGAGGAAGGAGAAGCAAAAGAAUGCGGAAGAGGAGGAUGAGGAGGAAGGAGGCCUGUGUGAGUUAGAGUCUUCUAAUUCUGUUUUGGCUGAAUCAAAACCUGACCUAGAAUCUAACUGCCUUCACCCACAGUCCCUCAGUGGCUGUGAUGGUGAAGAGAACGUCAACAGCAACGAGGAACUGAAGAUACAAACCUCUGACGGCGUUGAAGACAUCUCAGAAAGAGAGCAGGAUACAAACUCUGGAGUUAUGAAAGUAAACAUCAGAAACGAUGACUUCAUUCAUGUCCACUCUGGACAGUUGACUGACAGCUUUACAUCAAGACAUCACAGAGAUUUUAGUGACAGGGCAUCAACUGAAAACCCCUCUGAGGAAAUACUGGCUAAUGUAAACAGAUUUUCUGAUGUAGAGUCACAGAAAGAGAUGGAGAGAGUGGUGGGUGAAGAGAGGAGCGUGAAUGAGAGUCUUUCUAAAUUCUCAAAUGUGUCCAAAUGUGAGGACGUCUCUCUGUCCCCUUGUCUUGCCUCCAUAAGUACUGCAGUCUCUUCUGGGUCCUCUACUCCUGCAGAGGGCAGCAUCCACUCUGCUGACCAUGCGGCUGGUUUGGUUAAAGGAGAAAAAGAGACCGACCGAGAGGGGCGUCCUCCAGAGGAGUCAGACCCUGCCAUCAUGGGUGUUGUCAGACUUGAUCCUCUCGAACCAAACUGUGUGGCUGAGGAGGACAGCAGUGAAGCUCAGAUUUACUUUCAAAAUGAGGAAAACAACAGACAGGUGGAGGAAAGAGAAGCUCCCCCUUCUCCUCUCAGACACACAGAUCCCUCCAUCAGUGGGACCACAACUGAAAACAGUUCUGUGAUGACUGAGUCUCAGUUGAGACACGAGGAGCAGGAGAAUAAAGAGGAGACGAGUGGCAGUGAAGCUGAGGAGGUCCGCAGGAGGGAGCACACCUGCAGAGAGCUGGACAGUGCCAGUGUUAACCGCCAUGACAGCGAGACAAGUGUUGGUGUCAUACUGGAGGACAAUUAUGAAAAAGAGAGCUGUUCAUCUGAGGACAAAGGGAGGCCACAGGGAGGAAGGGAGGAAGAUGAUGAAGAAGACGACACCUGUGGGGAAACAAACGUUGCCCACAGAGAAGAAAAUGGAGAGAUGAGCGCUAACACCUCUUAUGUUGCCUGUGCCAAUCCCAUCACCUCUCAUGCACUCUCUCUGGUUAAUCCUGACCCCUCUCUGGGAUCCAUGGCAACCUGUGUGCAGGAGGAGGUGGAGGAGGGGGUGGAGCUCAGAGCGACAGCAGAAGACGGAGGUCAGGAAGGGAGCUGGAGGUACGGGAGAGAGCCUGAGGAGCUCUGUGAGGAGGACAGGGGUUCCACCCUGGCCACAGAAGACAUACGGAAGGAGGAGGAGGAGGAAGAGGAGGGGGAAGAUGAGUUUGGAGUGUUCAUGCAGGCGGAGGAAGAGCCAUUGUGGAGCGAGGGGAUCAGCAUGUCUGCCUCAGUGCCUUGUGGGAUCAAAGAGAGUGUUGGUCUGGGAAACCACAUACCCACUGCUGAGUCAACCCUCUGGACACCAGGCUGGACGGACAGCUCGUUCCACCAAUCAGACGACGCUUGGACCGCUUUUCCCCAGGAGUCUUCAGAUGAAGGUGGAGACGUUGUGGGACAGUGGUGGCCCCGCAGUGCGGUGAAAGACAGGAGAGACGGCCUCUCAGCCAAUCAGAGCGUGGAGUCUGUCUUUGCCGAGUCCUUCCCCUCGCUGCCCGGCUCGUCCUCAAGUGACCGCUGUGACCUUGACACUGUUCCCACUCUGACCCAGCUCCUCAGAGGCAGAACCAACCAGGACCAGGGGCUGUUGGACAGUUUCCAUGACCUGAACAAAAUGAUUGGCCAGAGAUUCAAGAGAGCCAAUGGCGUGUCACGUGACCUGCUGCUGACGACGUUACACCUGGAGCAGCCGCACACUGAUUCUCCUCCACCCAACAGUUACAAUGUGAUUCAGACAUAUGAGAAGUUUAAUGGCCACACUUACCGAGAGCCACGAAGUGAUGAAGCCAAGAGACGACAGAAAUGCUUCCUGUCCGCGGCGCCGCGGGGUGACUUCUUCCUGCCAUGUGAUCCCAACAUGCCAGGCCCUGGUCAGUACAACCCCAGUGUAAAGUCCUUCCCUCAGAUGACUCUGAUCACCUCCAGACAGGAUCGAUUCAAAGACGCCAUGAACACCAAUCCUGGACCAAGCACUUAUCAGGUAAAGAGGCUGUAAAAGUUACAGUAUAUUCAGUUCAUUCUUAGAAAACAACGUUGAAAAAUAAUAACUUCUCAUGACUUCUCAGGUUCAGUGUGUGAACUGUUGGCUUUCUCUUCUCUCUGUAAUAUUGUCAGGUUUCUGCCUUACUACAGUAAGGAUUGAAAUGAAUUGUAGUGAUGCACGAUGUGAAUAUUUUCAACCCAAUAAUUUCUUUUUUUAUAUAUAAAUUUAAAAAGGUCUUGUGGAUCCAGGUGAGUAAAACAAGCUGAAAUGAAGUGACUGAAGAAUAGUUUUAUAACUCAAGACACUUAACCCCACGUUGCUCCUGGCGGCAGUGCCGGCAGCGCGUGAAUGGGUAUGAAAGAUCAGUGAUGGAAAAGGCGCUGCGCAUAGACGCGCUGUGUGAAAGUGAAUAGGUGUGAAUGGGUGAAUGGUAAAACUGUAGG